GAGAAUCGAGGACGAUCGAGGACUGGACAGAGAAUUUUCUUAUGGUCAUAUGACCCGUACGUUGGGUGCCACAGUGUAAGCCAUAUUUGCAAGCGCAGUUAGAUCGACAUACAGUGGAGUGUGUGUACGCACUUUAAACGGACCUGUUCCUGUAAAUACUCUUCUCCUCCAGACGAAAACGAAUAAAUAACUUAACGAAAAUGGCAUCCGCGGAUCAACUCGAUGAACAACAUCCAAUUUACGGCCCAUUUUUCGGCGUUAUGGGUGCCGCGUCCUCAAUUAUUUUCAGCGCUCUGGGGGCUGCAUAUGGAACAGCAAAAUCUGGAACUGGUAUCGCGGCUAUGUCCGUAAUGAGGCCUGAAUUGAUCAUGAAAUCGAUCAUUCCUGUAGUCAUGGCUGGUAUUAUUGCUAUUUAUGGUUUAGUAGUGUCUGUAUUGAUUGCUGGUUCGCUGGGGGAACCAAAAGAAUACCCCUUGUACAGAGGAUUUAUUCAUUUGGGGGCUGGGCUCUCGGUAGGAUUUUCUGGUUUGGCAGCCGGUUUUGCAAUCGGUAUCGUAGGUGAUGCUGGUGUAAGGGGUACAGCGCAACAACCCCGUUUAUUCGUCGGCAUGAUCUUGAUCCUUAUCUUCGCUGAAGUACUGGGUCUGUACGGUUUGAUCGUCGCCAUUUACUUGUACACUAAAUAAAUUAUUGUCUGUUGUCGUCGCUCCUCCAUCCGUAAGAAGAAGAAAAAAUAAAAACAAAAUGUGAAGAGCACCACCAACUAAGCCCCAUUCCCUCAAUUCCUAGAUAAUAAAACCCGUAGCUUUUUUUUGAAGAAAUUAAAAGACCACAGACAAAAAUAACAUAAAAAAAUUAAACGGAUCGCUCAGCUUCUUUUAAAAAAGGAGUCUUAUUACUCCGUUUUGAUUUUAAAUAUCAAAUGUUUCAUUUUUAAUGAUUGUAAUUUUUGAAAAAGAAAGGUUACUUCUUUCCGUUGUUUAAAUGUUUACAUAAAGUUAAUAAUAUUAAAUGUAAUGAUUGUGAAAUCGUGAAAACAAAGAGAUACCUAGAGAAAAAAUAAAAUAAAAUGGGGGUUAAUGUAAGCUGUAAAAAUUGACUUAGUAAAUAAAUAAAGUAAAUGUUAUUAUAUGUAAAUGUAUGUAUAUUAUAACUUUUUCUUCUUCUUCAUUAUCUCUAUUCCAUUGUUUGAAAUGUAUUGUGAGUUUAAAUUUCCAAAAAGUUGCUUCAAAAGAGAUGUAAACGGUCAAUUUUUAACAGUUUACAUUUACUUAAAUUUAAUUGUAUAGUUAUUAUUAAUAAUUAUUAUCAUUAGUAGUAUGUUGUUUAGAGUUGUAUAAUUUUUUUUUUUUUCGAUAAAACAUCAACUUUGACCGAUUUUGAGUGUCUACCUUCUGUGCGGAGGAUUUUGAAAAAAUCGGAAAAUAGUAUUUGUGUAUAAAUAAACCAAAAAAAAACCUUUUGAAAAAACAUAAAAAAAUCUUUUGUAGCACAAUUAUUUCACUCACAAGUUUUUUGUCUUUCUUUGAUGCGCCACGUUUUAUGUAAUACUUUUUUCCUCGUUUUUGUUCUUUCCCACUAUUGUUUCCGUUUAUUUUUUAAAGAUUGUAAAUAUUCCCAAUGAUUCGUUUUAUAAACAAAAGUUCUUUUCCGUUUGUUUUUUAAUAAUCGCAAAAGAAACCAUAGUAAGUGUUAAAUUUAAAUAAACUAGCGUAAAUAUAUCAUAUAUCUCGUGUAUAACUUUCGUGUAGAGCGUAAAAAAAUGAUUAAUACAAAAAAAUUAAGAUUAUGUCCGUAAAAGUAAAAUUAGCGUCUAUUUUCCUUUGGUUUUCUUUUUUUUUCUUGAUAAAACUUUGAUAAAACAUUGUAAAAACAUGUAUACAAAAAAGUAAUAGGAUUGUAAAAGAUUUAGAGGAAAAAAAAUCAACCAUUAUGGGAGAUGACGUAUUAAUUAAUAAAAUAUAAACGUACAACAAAAAAGAUAUAAAUUUUAAAACAAAUUUCUUAUUAUCGUACAUUCCAUUUAAAUGAGAAAAAAUUCUAACAAAAAAAGAAUAAAAUAGUAUUUCUUGUUUGUUAGUUCAUGUUCGUCGUUUCGCCUUUUUCGUUUCUAUUAAAAAGAAAAUCUUGUUUUGUCUGAAAAAUGUAAAGAAAAUGUGUAUUAAUUGUGUGUAUGUGAGCCAAAAAAAAAUUUAAAAAAAUCGUUGCGCAUCUGACUACUUUAAAUAAACUUUAAAAUAAAACAUUUUCAGCAGACCAGGUCCGUAUUAAAAUUAACAAUACAAAUAAAAAUCGAAAGAAAAAUAAAUAACAAAAUUUCGUCUCUUUUUUACGACUAUUAUCUCCAUACAUUUCUUUUUUUUUGUUAUAUCUUUAUUUAUAAACAUAGAGAUUAAAGAAAUAUUUAAAUAAUGGUA